CUUAAGGCUUUUGUCUGCCCAGGAGGUUCCUCUUGGGCUGGUAUUGUCCCUCUGGCGGCGGGAAGCGGGGUGUAUCCCCAAGUUAGGGGUGAGAGAGGGUCCCCAGGAACCUCCUUUAUUCUUUUCCAGGUGAGGACACUCUUUGUCAGUGGGUUGCCUCUGGAUAUCAAGCCUCGGGAACUUUACCUGCUCUUCAGACCCUUUAAGGGGUACGAAGGGUCUCUCAUCAAACUCACCUCCAAGCAGCCCGUGGGCUUUGUCAGCUUCGACAGCCGCUCCGAGGCGGAGGCGGCGAAGAACGCGCUGAACGGCAUCCGCUUUGACCCCGAGAUCCCCCAGACGCUGCGGCUGGAGUUUGCCAAGGCCAACACCAAGAUGGCCAAGAACAAGUUGGUGGGCACCCCGAAUCCCAGCACCCCUCUCCCCACUGCCGUACCUCAGUUCAUCACCCGGGAGCCCUAUGCGCUGGCUCCCUCCCUCCGAGGCUGGUUCUCAGGGCUGGAAGUCCCGUCAGUUCUGCUGAAUGCCGGGUCUCAGGUGUGUGAUGGUGGCCUACAGUCAGUCUUGUGGGUAUUAAUGGAGUCUUCCGAGGUGGCUACUGGGUUGAUGUGCUCUCCACAGGACCUCAGUGUGCUGGCUUGAAAAAAAACCUCACACAAGUUUGGAUUCCUCCAAGACUUUCCCACAGCCUCUAUCACACAUCUGCUCUCCUAGAAGAAAAAAAAGAAAAAAAAACAUACCUAGUAAUAAUAUUUUCCUCUUUUACACUGUAUAUUUGUAAGGAAGAGUGCGUUACUCCCGAAAGCAUGGUUUGACAGGCAUUGUUGUAGUGUUUGAAAAAGCUUUUCAAAUGGAACCAUAGGAAAGCAGACUUCAAAAAAGCAAAAAAGAAAAAAAAAAAACCAUAGAAAAAGGAAAAAAAAAAAAAAACCAAACCAAAAACCAAAACAAGAGCAAGUAUUUUUGUACCAAAGCUCCUCACGAGGACAAUCUUACACCGGGUCGGACCACAGGUUUUGUGCUUGACUUUGGAGGUGUGUAAAGAAGAGUCUCAUUAUCCCCUGGCCCCGUCAGCUGCAUGAUGUCGAAGGCAUGAUGUUCACAAGCGUGAGGACGUCGAGGCACGCCAUGCGGGUUUGUAGGAAUUGUGCUCCGGCCGUGUUGGCAAGGCGUCUGCAGACACUACAGUAUUACUGUUUUCUUCCCAGUUGCACCAAAUGACGAGCAGGCAGGACAAUCAGGAACUUUCUUCCCCUGUUUUCUUUUGGUUUUUUAUACCUUGGGGCUGUGUUCAUAGCUGCUGUGCAAAGCUUCCGUGGGGUACACCAGCUCGGAUCAGGGAUGGGCGGACAGCCCACACAAUGUAGCAAGGUGACAAUUUGCCUCCUCCUCCUCCCUCCUGCCAUGACUGCUCCAAGCUGUUACGGGCAACCUAAACUGCUGUAUGAAAAAACAUAGCAACAAAUCCUCGGUUUGUCAGCUUCCUCGAGGUUGGACAUGAGUCCUGAGGGGCUUCCCACUAUGAUGAAGCGCUGGUCUGGUCUGGCUUGUGGUUUUAGUGCCGAUGUUACGCUGGUCCAGCCGCUCCCUGCGUGGCAUUCCCAUGUUUCCAUGUGCAAAGAUGAGAAGGGAGGCUGCCAACAUCCUUUACAGAGAUAAGAGUACCAGCAGAGAGACUGCUUGACAUACUACUUCUCCUUCUCCUUGCUCCAGGAGGAUAUUUGGAAAAAGAAGAGAGCAAACUGACCCAAAACCUCUAUCAGGUUUUGGUUUCUUGCAAAGGGAGGUGCAGAACUUCUCCUUCCAUUGCCUUUCCCCCGUCUCCAUUCCAGCUGCAGGGAACAAUGAGCUCAGCUGCUGCCCAGGCCUCGCCAUAGCUGGUUUUUCCCAGCUGCCCGUGGCCUUGUUAAACAUCAUCACCUUUUCCUUUCUCCUUCCUCUUGUCCUGUGGGUGGGCCAAAAUAAGAUGGCUGAGAUUCUGCCUGUCGGGGUGGGAGAGGGGGGUGAAAAAAUGAGGUUGGCUUUUCACCAUGAGAAACCAUCCUGUUGGGGUCUUCUGUGAAAAACAGGCCUGACAAAAGUGAUGUGAGAAGAAAUCAAAUCCAAGACGAACCUCAGAGCGGCUGUAAAAGGAACGAUACCAGCGUUCCCAAGCGACGGACUAACUCUUUUAGCAAACUAUUUCCUGUACUUUGUCUCGUGGAGAGGAGAGAAGCUUCCACAUUGUCUACUCUGCUUUUGGAAAUAUGUUUAAAGGUACUUUUCUAUUGUAAUUUUUUAAAAAUAAAACCGGUGAUUAUUGUAAGUUA